AUGUUCCUCUUUCUCGACGUAGUCACUCCCUCGAGAUCCACCGUUGAUGAAGCCGCAGCUUGUGGGCGAUUGUUCCGAGGUUCAUCAGGCAGAUUAGCCACGCGACUCGUCACUCGUGCCAGCAAGAUUCUCAUCCGCUCCAGUUCCUUUUCCACUGGCCCAUCUCGUGUAACCAAAUUAUCCUGGAUACUCGUCUCGUCAGUCGCAGCCAGCGGCUGGACAGCAUCUCUCAUGCGGCGCAGCUGUUCCACACGAAGUCUAAUCUGUUUGCGCUCUUCACUCAAUUGCGUCAAUCGCAGCACGAUAGCUUCAUAUUGUUCCGCUGCCUCGGGAUAUUUGUCAAGAUCGGCGUCAAUCGGCCACGACGCAGGUAGUUCCUCAAUCGCAUCAUCCGCACUCUCGGCCUAUCGUGCUCUCCGACUCCUUCAGUUUGCUGACUCGUUCUUCCGCAUCCCGCGAGUAGGAAUUGCUAAUCUGUUCGGCGACAUUGUACGUCGCUUGCGGGGGGUACACGCGGCGGUAGUGUAG